AUUUUAUUGAAAUAUUCAGCGAGGCAGCAACAACACUCUUGAAAUACUGAAAGAAAACAUCGCAAUGUCUAACAAACUGGCUCCCAGCAUCAGGCUGAGUUUCCCUCUGAUGGCUCUGGUUUUCCAGGUGGCAAUAAUAGGAUUAUUCGCCGGAUUUGUUGACUAUAAAGCUAUUACAGAGGGAAAAUUCAGUAUUACUUACCCAGUAUUUCAAGAUGUCAACGCUGUUGUCUUCAUUGGGUUCGGCUUCCUCCUCACAUUCCUCAAGCGAUAUGCACACAGUGGCCUUGCCUUCAAUCUGUUCCUCGCGGCCCUCGCCGUUCAGUGGGCCACCUUCCUGGAAGGAGCGCUCCUUGACACUCUGCAGGAAGGAAUACAGAUAAGUCUUAAAAGUAUAAUCCGGGCAGAACUGAACGCAGUGUCUGCAGUGAUCUCGAUCGGUGCAGUUGUGGGUGUGAUGAGUCCCAUACAGUUACUGCUGAUGGUGGCCCUGGAGUUAACCUGUUUCGUUGUCGAUCAAUGGUUUCUGAAAAGUUGGCUUUCGAUCGAUCCAGACACCAGUGUAAUGCAUCUGCACUUGUUUGGCGCUUUUUUUGGACUUACAGCCUCGAGGGUUCUCUAUCGUUCAGGACUUUGUAACGGCCACGAGAAGGAAGGAUCAUUGCCGAUCUCCGAACUGUUCUCUAUGAUUGGUACUAUCUUUCUGUGGAUGUUCUGGCCCAGCUUCAACUCAGCACUACUUGAUACAAGGCUUCAGAGGUCAAGAGCUGUUUUCAACACCUAUUACGCGUUGGCGGCUUGCAGUGUGUCUGUGUUUGCUGUUUCCACUCUCGUCCACAACAAAGGGAAAAUAGACAUGGCCAACAUCCGUAACGCUACACUAUCAGGAGGUGUUGCAAUUGGCCUCUCUGCUCCUCUGAUAGACUCUCCGUACAUAGCAAUGAUAGUUGGCUUCACGGCUGGUGUUAUCUCCACCCUCGGUGUCGUGUACUUGAAGAGAUGUCUUGAAACACGUAUGAAAUUGCACGAUACCUGUGGGGUUCUGUACACGCACGGCCUGCCUGGGAUAAUCGGAGGGAUAGUUUACGUCGUUCUCAUCUUUCUCACUUCGCCGGUGCCCAACAAAAGUCUCAAUUAUGAAGGAUCCCCAAUCAACAAAGCAGUAGCCAUAAUCGUCACGCUGUCCGCAAGCCUGGUCACAGGAUUGAUCGCAGGUUUUAUUCUGAAGCUAAACAUUUGGAAACAGCCCCCUGAUCUGAAAUGUUACGAUGAUCAAGCAUACUGGGUGUUCCCGCACUUAGCAACAGUGAAGUAAAGGAAGGUCACUGGCAUCUUUCAACGUUGAGCCAAAGACGAGGCGAAGGAAACCUUUCACAACACGACUAAUCUCACAAAAAAUCUAUGCAAAUUGCGUGUGUUGAAUUAUUAUGAUAAAAAUCAACAGGCACUGGGGCAUGCUCAUUGGCUAUAUUGGUAAUAAUCCCUUCAAAACAAGUUGUUUUGUUAAAAAAAUAAUAAUUUGGUCCCUCAAUCCACGACUGUUUGUGGGGACGCCGCUGUGUGCAAUUGGCUGUCGCGUUUUGCCCCCCAAAAUAUACGGUCGAUUCACUUUACAGUAUAUUCCGUGAAGCGCUUUGAGACAUCUCAACGAUGUGAUAAGGCGCUGUAUCAAAGGCAAGAAUACAAUAUUAGAAUACAAUAUUUUCCAGUUGUGGCUCUAUCCAUAACCCACUCACAUGCACGUGCCACCUGUGGAGGUUUAUAUUUCAUGGCUGGCUGAGACAGCAAUGACCCUACCAGCUAUCUGAAUCAGUGCUCUUUUGCGUUUGUUUUGUACUAUUUUACUUUGUGCAUUAAACAGGAUCAUC